GUUUUAUUGUAAUGAUCUGGAGACGUGACGCAAGAGCAAACCUUGUAACUUGUACCUGUGAUAAAACAAUAAUAAAUAAGCAAAAUUAGUUAUUAGAACAAUAUUAAAAAAUCGUGUUACGAAUAACCGGGUGCCACAUCCACACAAGUAAUUGAUAAGUGAUAACCAUAAUGAACACUGAAGAAAUCACAAUAACGGUACCUUGGGGCCACCUGGCAGCCAAAAUAUGGGGCAACAAAAACGACCCUCUCGUGCUCGUUUUCCACGGAAUCAUGGACAACGCGGGCUCAUUUGACCGCCUAAUUCCGCUCCUCCCCAAAUCAUUUUGCUACAUUUGCUUCGACUUGCCCGGUCACGGAAAAUCGAGCCAUUUCCCCCCGUUUUUCCCAGCCUACACCCUUAAUAACGUCCUAGUUUACAAAAUAAUAGUCCAGUAUUUCAAAAAAGAAAAGUACACGAUUUUGGGGCACAGCUACGGGGGCCAGAUCGCCUUUUUAUUCGCCCAACUGUACCCCGAAUAUGUGGAAAAGCUGAUAAUGCUCGACACUAUCCACUUGUUCCCCGUCCAUGCGGGCCAAUUCCGGCAAAACCUCAGGGACAAGAUGGACUUUUGCAUCGAAUUGGACCAGAAAAUUAAAACUGGGACCCGUCCAACGUACACUUACGCCGAAGCCUUACAGAAACUGCAGGACCAAAGGGCCAACGGCUACAUCAGUCGUGAGGCGGCCGAGGCGCUGCUCCAAAGGGCGAUUGAGAGGACCGACGACGGGAAAUACGCCUUUACGGUCGACCAGAGGAUGAAACAGUUUAUAAACCCGAUCCACGAUUUUCGGUACAUUCUCGAAACGUUGAAAAAGUUUCCGGUCACGUGCCCCGUUUUGAUGGUUUUGGGGCGCGACUCAGAGUUGCAGCAAAUGUACAUGAAAGGGGUCACAAACUUCUUUAAAAAGUAUAGAAACAUACGGAUAACUUAUGUGGAUGGGCACCACGAUGUGCAUAAUAAUAGCCCCGAAAUUGUGGCUCCGCACGUGUCCAAGUUUUUGGUGGUGAAAAAAGCGAAAUUGUAAUGUUGGGUAAAGUUUAAUUAAUUCUAGGGGCAUUUAUACACAAUAAAGACUGUGAUAGUCUCUUAGUAAACAUGACAAUUGAUGGUUUUAAUAAAUUAUGCAAAUUUUUA